AUGCUGCGGGGCGAGAACGCGGUCGGGAGGCGCGUGGGGGUCCGCGCUGCGGGCGGGGAGCUGCGCAAGGCCUGCGUGGUCGGGUUCGAGCCCUGCCCGCACAUCUUGAGGAGGCGCAAGGGCAAGGGGUACAAUAUCUUGCGCUUCGACGACGGGGCGGCUCUUCGGGGGCCGGACCUCGAUGCGGACGACGUCGUUUGGCUCGACGAGCUCAAGUGCGACGAGAGCGCCGCGUGCGGGCUCUGCGCGGGACACGACGGCCCUUGCUACAGCGACGCGCCCAAGAAUACAUUCGAAGAAGAUGCGGAGCCGGCCGGCGGCGGCGAGGAGCUGGGCGGUGCUCCGGAAUCGACGACGCUCACGAUGAGCGGUCUCCAGCUGGACGCAGACGAGGACCUCGACGCAGUCAAGCGCAACCUGUACCGCGACAGCGACCUCCCCGCCGCUUGCGAGGCGGCCCCGGCCCCCGCACCGGAACUGCACCCCGCCGGCAGCGGAGAUGCCGCAACCGCUAGGGUCAAAUUGGGCUCCUUGUUCGCCCCUGCAGUGAACGCUGCGGGGCGGAAACUGCUCGGGUACCGGCCUCGUACGGACACGCCAGUGUACGAGGGCGACACGCUGGCAAACAUCACGUACGGCCUGAGAUCAGUGCCGCACUCCGCGACGUUCGCGACUGUGGAGCCAGUGGCGAGGAACGCGGUGGCGGCGGACGAGAGCAGCGACAGCGACUCGGAGAGCGAUGACGAGUGGCAAGCCGGGCGCUGCACGCGCAACCAGCUCCGGCAGAAGGAGCUCAGGCGGCAGCAGCGGCGGCUGCGGGACGACCCGUGCGAGGGCUGGGCCGAGCUGCGGGAGGCGUGUGUGUACUGCACCUUGGACGACAACGCACACCUCGGCAAGUGUAUCGGUCCGCGUUCGAUGUGGGUGUGUUCGGGCUGCGGCGCGCGCACGGCGCACAAGCAGUGCGAGGAGGCCCACCGCGCGGCGUCACUCCCCCCGGGGUCUGAGGUCCCCGAGCUCACCCUCGACGACGACUGGUUCUGCACCGACGCCUGUCAGGCCAUCCACUGCUACCUGCGCGACGUCGACGGCGCGCGGCAGCCCGUGCACCCCCAGGACGUCCCCGCGGACACCCCCCAGGACGCAGCGCACUACUCCCUGGAGGUGUCUAGCUACAUGGGUCCGACUGCAACGGCCGCGUCGCGCGCGACGGUCGAGGCGGCGUUCGGCCUGUUCUGCGACGCGUUCAACCCGAUCCCGCUCGCCGACGGCGGCGACCUCAUCCGCGCGGUGUGCACGGGCGCGGUGCGCGAGGCGGGGGGGGGGAGUUUCGGAUACGACUUCGAGGACUUCCGCGUGGCGGUGCUGCGGCUCGACACCGGCAAGGGCGGCGUCAAGGUCGUCAGCGCCGCGGCGCUCCGCAUCAGCGGGGAGUCCUUCGCGGAGGUCCCGUUCGUGGCGACCAAGGAGGGCUUCCGCCGCUGCGGGCACUACACGGUUCUGAUGCGCGCGCUCGAGAGGACGCUGACCGAGCUGCGCGUGCGGUUCCUGGUGGUCCCCGGGCACAAGAGCAUCUUCAACGUGUGGUGCGCGCGCGGCUUCGAGCGCACCAGCCCCGCCGAGCAGCACGCCCUGUCAGGCCGACUGGUCCAACUGGAGUCAACCGACGCCGUCACCCUCAAGAAGCCCCUGUACGCCACGACGCUCGCCGCCGAGGCCGAGGCGCGCCGCAAGCGCCGCCGGGAGCGCAAGCGGGCGCGCCUGGAGGCCGCGACGGCGCUCUUGGAGUGCGGCAGCAGCCAGGAGCGCGAGGCGGGGGGCGGGGGUGUGGCCGGGCAGGAGGCCGGGCUGCGGCGGACGGGCGCGCGGGCGGGGCUUGCGGGAGGCAGUGGUGGGGUCGCAGGAGGCGAGGCGGGCGCUUGCUGCGGCGGGAGGGCGCGUGGGGCGCGCAGGAGUCAGGUGGGGGGGGAGUUCAGGUUGGAGCAGAGGGAGGUGUAG